GCCAUGGCGGAGCAGCAGAAAGAGUCGGAGCGGACCAGGCGGGUUUUUGUGAAUAGUAUCGACUCGUACUCGUCUAAACACAUCGCUCAGUAUCUGUCCACCUGCGCUGCUGGAGGAGACUCCUCUGAAGAAGCGCGUGGAGCAGGAGAGAGCUUUCAGCUUGUAGGGACUGUGAUCAGUGAGGAGAAGAAGAAGGGGAGGAGGAGGAGGAGCUGUGCUCUGGAGGAAUACUCGGCCUUGAAGCGAAACGAGCUGCUAAAACUCCUGCUCGAUUGUGAUGUUAUUGUGUAUAAUAUCUCAGAAGAUGCAAAAGCCAUUGAUGAAGCGACAUGGUCUGUUUCAGCCCUCCACAGUGAAAUGGAACACUUUACAUCUCCCAAGAUGUUCAUUCUGGUGUCAACGUUGAUGACCUGGGCGAAGACUAAACCGGCUGAUCCUGAUAGUCCUGAAAUUCCAUUGAAAGAAGAAGACUACACAAGGAGGAAGCCGCAUCCAAAUUUCAGAGAACACGCUAAUGCAGAGAAGCUCGUCCUGAAGUUGGGGAAAACGGACAAGACUAAGCUUCGCACGUAUGUUGUUGGUGCUGGGAUGCAGUAUGGCAUGGGAGAAGGCAUCUUCCACUUCUUCUUUAAGACAUGUUGGCUUGGGGAGUUGAGCAUCAUCCCGGUACCAGAGCCGAGCACUAAUGUCAUUCCUACCAUCCAUGUCUACGAUCUGGCUGGCAUAGUGCAAAACAUCAUCAAUCACAAACCCAAAGUGCACUACUUAAUCGCUGUGGACGACUCUCAUCAUUCUUUGGAAGAAAUUGUAAAGGCCAUUGCUUCUGUUCUGGGUCCUGAGAGUUUUGAGGUUCAGAAAGUCCCUAAUGACAGUGUGGACCUCACACAGGAGCUUACGCGAGCCGAUCUUGCUCAGCUGAGUCUAAACCUCGUCAUCGAGACGAUUCUGCUGAAUAGACGGCUAAACGUGAACUGGGUGUGUGAAUCUGGACUUGUUAACAACAUCGACCGUGUCGUGGAGGAGUACCGACAAAGCAGAGGUCUACUACCGAUCAGGAUUUGUCUCCUUGGCCCACCGGCCGUCGGGAAAAGUUCAGUCGCAGCGAGAUUGUGUAAACAUUACAAACUCCAUUAUGUUGGUGUCAAAGAGGCAAUUGAGAAGAAAAUCAAACAUUUGGAGGAAAUGCUUCAACAGAGUGAGAAGAAUCAUGAUCCUGAAGAAACUUUACAGGCGACUCAGAAACACAUCAACACUCUGAAGGAUGUUCUUACCCAGAAUCAAGGUCAGUUUGAAGACCAGAAUGUUUUGCACAUCAUCAGAGAAAAGCUUCACUCAAAGCCUUGUAGAAAUCAGGGGUUUGUUUUGGACGGCUACCCCUGUACACACGAGCAAGCCAACCGAAUUUUCAACGAUGAGGAGAAGGAACCGGAGAACUCCAGAUCUCAUUUACUGCCACAUGAUGAAAAGAUAAUACCAGAGUUUGUCUUCUCACUUGACGCCAAUGACGAGUUUUUGAAAGAGCGAGUCCGGAACCUUCCGCAGUCCGUAGCAGAGGAGAUGCGCUACACCCGGGACGAGUUUCUGCAGCGACUGGCCUUGUUCAGGGAGGAAAACUUAGAAGACAAAACAGUGCUUGACUAUUUCGAUGAGCUUGAGGUCCAUCCUGAACACAUCGACAUCAGUGUGAAUGACCCAGAAAAUGAAGCUACGUCAAGGAAAAUAAUCGAGGUGGUGGGAGAGCCAAGGAACUACCCCACACCUGAGGAACAGGAGGCACUGGAGAGGAAACGAGCUCUGGAGAAGCAACAGCGCCUCAUGCAGGACGCUGCCGAGCGUACACUUCGAGAGGCAGAGGAGGAGACCAGGAUGACUGCUCUGCUGGAGGAAUGGGACAGGAACAGGAUAGAAGUGAAAAAGCAGGAGGAUGAGUUACUGGAGGCACGCGCACUGCCGCUGAGACACUACCUGAUGAAGUAUGUCAUGCCGACUCUCAGAGACGGGCUUGUGGCGUGUUGUCAGGUGAAGCCUGAGGAUCCUGUCGAUUUCCUGGCUGAAUAUCUUUUAAGAAACAACACAGAAGACUAGUCUGCCUUUCACCUAAACACUGAUGUUAUUUAAUUUAACAGGAUUUUAUUUAAAUUCUUUAAUGGGAUUUAACAUACCUCGGUUUAACACAUCUCUAUGUCUUUUCCUUUGUAAAAAUACUUUUUAUUUUUUGAGUCAAAUUUUGCAUAAUUGAGACAUUUGCAUAAUUUUAUUGCAAAUAGCAAAUCUGCACUGAAGAACAAGAUGAUUUCCAUCCCAUUUAAUAUUAGUUAUUGUAAUAAAUUUACUUCCUCUCUUUUGGAUUCUAUUAAUUAUUGUAAAAAAUAUUAGUGAU